UCGAAGACAAACCUCCCCUCCUCCUCCUCCUCCUCCUCCUCCUCCUCCUCCCCGCGCCGACGGAAUAAACUUAGCCGUCAUUCCGCACGUUGCGCUUGGAGACUGAAGUCGCUUCUCCAUCCGAAAUGUGGACAUUGCUUUCUGUUUAUUUAUUUAUUUACUCAUCUCUUUAGCGGGGCGCAGAUGUAUCCGCUGUAACGGAGCGACCGGACGGGGAGAUGAACCGGAGGAGAUGACUUGUUCCCGGUAGACCAGCGAGAGACGUCGGGAUCCUCUUCCACAUCCCAGCAUCCCAACAGCAUUUUUACUCAACAAAUUAAGAGGAUCGGAGUCUCCUGCUGGAGAUUUAAAUUUAAAACAAAGGAAGAAAAGAAAACGCCGUGUUUUUUGUUCCGGUGUGAAUCGGAGGAUGUCGCCGCUGCGUCCCCGUUAGUUCCCCCGAGAGGAGCGCGGAGGAGAGGAGAGGAGUCGAGGAGGAGGAGGAGAGGAGAGGAGGCAGCAGGGGCCACUUUCACUUGUUCCCUCCACCCGGCAAACAACAUUAGCUUGUUUCAAUCAGCCCAAUCCAAGUGGUGCCUGAUCGGAUUAUCACACAAAAGAACGUUUAACCUGGAAUAUCGUCCCGUCUCACGCCACCGUCUCCCCGUGCUGUAGUCAUUCCGUGGCAAGGAUGCGGCCAAUUUACUUGAUCGUCGACUUUCUGGUCGGGUAGAUGAUGAUCGGACAAGUGGUCCCUGUUUGGACAUAAUCAAGGAGACGCUGUAAAGCUCGUUUGAUUGGUCGAGGUAGUUACUUUGGGUCGAGAGAACCACACGAUCAGAAAUCUGACUUCAAUCCAGCUCAAUCCAUCCAAAAUGCCCCUCAAACCCCGAUUAGUUUCAGACUGCCUUCAGUGACGGGAGCUCGGAAAGGUUUAUUCCUACACAAGCCAACGACGGAUACAUCAACAAAAACAUUCUCCCGGACUCGAAUCGUCCCCAGGAGUCCAUUCUGCGUCUCUUGCUCCCUGACCCCGAUGUGCAUUGGACCACGUUUACCCGUCAGCGACCCGGCCAUCUGAAUGAAGUAGUGGCCUUUUAUUCUCUCGGGCCCCCGGCGAGCACAGGGGCUGCACUCUGUUCCCCCAGGCCAGAGCAGCCAGAGCCUCCAUCUGGGCUGCCAGCCAGCCAGACGGUUCACCGGGGGCGUUUUUGGGGCGGGGGCGGGGGCGGGGGGCGCAGGGGAGGUGUGUGGUGGGAGGGGUUCGGAGGUGGGGUUUGAAGGUCCAGCUGGAGGAGUUUUACCCAAAGCUUCUUCACCACGUGGAUCACCGGGGAGAGGAAGGAGGACACCAUGGGGUGCUGCAGUGGCAGGUGUACCUUGGCCUUCAUAUGUGGCAUGCAGCUGGUCAGCGUGUUGGAGCGGCAGGUCGUAGACUUCCUGGGAUACCAGUGGGCGCCGCUCCUCACCAACUUCCUGCACAUCAUCGUCGUCAUCCUCGGCCUGUUCGGCACCAUUCAGUUCAGGCCCAGAUAUGUCACCGGGUACGCAGCCUGGCUGGUCGUGUGGAUGACCUGGAACGUUUUCAUCAUCUGUUUCUACCUGGAGGUUGGAGAUCUAUCCAGAGACUCCGACCUGGUGCUGACGUUCAACCUGUCCAUGCAUCGCUCCUGGUGGAUGGAGAACGGGCCGGGGUGCCGGGUGACGCCCGUCACCCCUCCUCCCUCCUGGGCGCCCGAGGACCACCGCUACAUUUCUAUAUCCGGCUGCCUGAUGGACUUCCAGUUCAUAGAGGUGGCCCACUCCUCGCUGCAGAUACUCCUGGCCCUGAUGGGGUUUAUCUACGCCUGCUACGUGGUGAAGCUCAUCUCAGAGGAGGAGGACAGCUUUGAUUUUAUAGGAGGGUUCGACUCGUACGGCUACCAGGGGCCUCAGAAGACCUCCCACCUUCAGCUGCAGCCCAUGUACAUGUCAAAGUAAAAGCUGCCUUACCAACGACCACCGCUUAACGUCCAGCUUCUACGACUCCGACUGCCUUUUAAUGAACAACAACCACGACACAGUCAAGUAGAUGAUACAGAAGACCCUCAGAUAUUCUACGGUUCAACCCCCCCAUCCUCCAUCCUCCCGGCCCCCUUCAGUAGUCUGGUUGCUCCCCUGGUCUGUUUGGUCUGUUGCUGAUGAAACAUUGGCCUCGUGUGGUUCACCGCGGUAACUGCGGGACAGACAGCGCAGACGAUUCCCGCGUCGUUGGCUUUUUUUUUGUCUGAGGGAUCUAUUGUAUUAUUCGAGGAAGGACUCGCGUCAGAGAAAUGUUAGCGCACAGCCCGGCUUCUCCGAGCCGUGUGCACAAUAGAGCCGGUUCCAGUCUGUAACGUCUCGCUCUUUGUGCCUGACAGACAGACGGACCAAGCAUCUCCUGGCAAGACCACCGAUGCAGGAAUGUCAGACAUCUCUCUCUCUUCUGAGCUUACUUUUUUCUUUUUGCAUUUGGGUUCUCGCUGCAGCAAAGACGGGAUCUCGCUUCAAGUCACGGACUGGACUCGUGCUGGAGCGCACGCCACAGAUCCGAUUCUGCUGUUUCCAUGAGAAACGAUGAAUGUUAAAGGAAACACAUUCAGACGCAGAGGCGUAUGUGAACACACAUGCAUGCCCAAACACACACACUGAAAACAGAUGUACAAACAUUUUUAUUGUGAAUCUUAACAAUGUUUACAAUACUCCAACACGCCAGAAGAACACCUGACAGACAUGUAGACAGGGAGACAAACAAAGGUCUUUUCUCUCCUUGUAACACGGACAGAGGACCAGAGUUGUGGUCUCUUGCUGCCUUUGUGCUUUGUCUUCCAUCCGAGACGGACCGGAGGAGGUAGAUAGAAAGAAAACAUCCCCAGAGGAGGGACGGAGGUCAGGCAAGCAGUUUCUCACCCACCUUCAGCCUACCUGCAAGGUUCCCCUGGUCACACUCCACACCUUCAGAAGGCCACUUUGCUUUCCUCCUUUUCUGAAUUAUAAAAAAAAAAGUUGUGAAUCAGUAAUCCAACCUUCCUUAUCAAGAGCGGCAUCUCUGAACCGUCCACGGACGGCGCUCACAUGGAGGGAAGACCCCUCUCACAGAAAUGACAGUCACUGUCACAUCGUCCUCAAUCUCAUCGUCUGCAUUUUUUCCUCACCACACAAAAGGCGCCAGAGCUUAAAAAUGGCGACCUUUGUUGUGUGGGAACAGAGAAGCAUCUGAGUUGGAUUCUUUAUUGAUACGUUGCGAUUCCUGGCAAUUUACACUGGCAAAGCUCGGUGAAAGCGCCUGCAGACGGACGAGGACCGAAGUGGAAGUGACCCCAGAGGGAGUCUUAGCAGCUCCCUCUCUUCACCGUAGCGACUGGGACCAAAAAGACUCCGUCUCAGGCUCACUAGACUCGCAAGAAGAAUGCAGAGGAUGUUGCAAAUAGAAGCAAAAAGAAAUCACUCAAUUUACGUUCGAGGCGACCAGCAGGUUUUUCCUUUUAUUCCGCUCAGAAAAAAAAAACACAGAUUCCUUGUGGAAACGUAACCGAUCGCGUUGCGUCUGCGUUGCAAUCACUGGACCAAAAGUCUGAGGCCUUCUCCAUCAAGCGGGGAACAUUUCUCGGUGGAACCCGCUGACUGCAUUGAUCCCCCCCCCCCUCAGCCGUCCAUGUUUUAUAACAGAACUGUGGUUUACGUUGAGAGGCUCCUCGGUUCCUCCGGAGGACAGAAACAACUUUUGUGUGUUUGCAUGAGGUGUUUCCAAACUGUUGCGUAUUUAAUCUCAUGCUGCGUGUGACUAACUAGCUACUUAAACUGGGAACUGUUUGUUGUUGAAUGCGCCUCAACUCUCAAAAAGUCUCUAAAUGUGAACUUUGUGAUUUUCUAUAAAUAACAGUCUGAAAUGUUUCCAGAGUAAAGGAGACUCUGUAAAAGGAUGAAAUGUAACUUUGACCUUCUAGACGUUUUUUAAUCACAUGUGGCCGUGUUUACUGUUUUUUCUAGUUGACUACUAAUGUAUGAUGUUGUGGACAAGUGGGAUACUAUGUUUUAUUCCUUCUUAUUGUACAGUGUGUUCUGAGAUGAGAGAGGAGGAGCAGUUUGGGAGGAAAGGGAAUUAGUUGCACUAUAGUCUGUAAUUCUUUCAUUAACAAUACUGUCAGGGCUGAAAAUUCACAUUCACUUCAGCACAUAAUUAACUUUAAAAUAUUAAUUUAAUAACCAACUCCACACAUUGUUUUUAAUAAAUGAAAUGACGAAUGAUGAAGUGUCUUUUUGCAAAAUUCAAAUCAGGAUGUAAUAAUAUGAAAGGGUCACAUAUUCAUUAUCGAAGCCGUUAUUGAAAAAGAAAGUUGGAUGAGUCGUGAAAGAAUUUGAAAUGAGUGAUUUUAUUAUAUUAUUUGCCUUUAACAGAGUCGAUCUAGGCAAUAUCUCCUGGUACUGUGGAACCAAUAUCAACCUGGCAAAUCUGGUGGAUAUAGGAGGGGAUUUCAGAUAUAUAUAAGUGUGUGUGUGCGUGUGUGUGUGUGUGUGUGUGUGUGUGUGUGUGAGUGACUUUUCUGUUUCACGGUGAACCCAACGACACUUAACCUGCAAAGCCACAACACAAACAGAAGUGGAGGAAAUUGAGGGAAUCAUUAAAGAGUAUCAAUGAACAGCAAUAACAACAGUUAUAUAUUUUAUUUUGAAGUACUUGUGAAGACAGCAGUUUGAUCACAUUUAGCCUUUGGAACGGUCAAUAGAGCUUCUUGUCGGUAGAUCUAGGAAUGCACAUCUGUACAUAAAGAGUUAAACAUUAGCAGCUUGAGAGCCCUAAUUUUGUUUGAUGGUGUCAAUAAAGAUUCAGUCAAGCUAUUGUCCUGACUUUCUUGUUAAAGUUACAAAUGCCUCCAUUGGAAGCAUUCAGUGGUGGAAAGAGUAUGCAGUUAUAUUUAUUUCUGUUAGUUGGUGCUGAAUAGAUUAACGAAUAAUUGGGGAGAGAAAUGUCUCCAGGGUUUGGCUAAACUUUCACAAAACGUCAAAGUAAAUUUAGCAUUUCAUAAAUCGAGAUGCUGCAUCUUCAGCCUUAUUAAAACUAUUUUGAUAAAUAACUCUUAGAGUUCAAUUAUGCCCUUAAAAUCUUAAGUUGAAUGCUUUUUUCUAUAAUCGGAAAUACUUAAGAACUAAAUAUAAAUGACAGUGAACAUAACAGCGAUAGUUGCCUGGAGACACAAACAAUGUAUCAUGUAUUGAUUAACGAGAAUCUUGACCGAUGUCUCCACAUGUGACAUCUUGGUAUUUGAGUUACAUCCUCUUCAUCAGCACAGCCUGACAGGCUGCCGUGACCAACUUAUUCACUAACAGUGUGCCUUCAUGUGGGAUCCCAUCACGAAGGUAAAACGCUGAUUGAGGAAACAUAUUUUCUGGGUCUUUGAGCAUUGUCAUUAGCGCAUGCGAAGGUAGUUCAAUAAAGUAUUACAGUUACAAAGUGAAAAGCAGCUGGAAAACACGGAUAAGUGUAGGACCCGAUACAGAACCCUGAGGAACUCCACAGCUCAGCUUCUGCUGGUAUUGUGUGUUAAAAUGUAUUUUGUUCCUACAAAUUUCCCAUUGUGAAUUCCCUCCAUUGUGAUGCUCAAUUAAGCGACAUUGGACCAUCACAGUGGAGACAAUUAUGUUAGAAGAGCAUUUAGAAAGUGCAAUAACACAUUAUCAUGAUACAAUAGACAACUAUUCGCAAUGUCAGUACUUCAUUGCAGGAAUCUUUCCGUGAAAACAGUGAUACGCAAACUUUGUCUGUGGCUCUGGGUUGAUUUGUUCAUGUUCACCACCGAUCAAAACUACACAAGUUGGUUUAACUCUGUUUAUGAUGGUUUUCCCACACGUGACUGUACAUAAACUCAGCGGUUCGUAAUAAAGUAGACAGUGGAGCAGUGAAGUC